CCAAAUGUGUAAUUUACUGUACUGACAGCUAUUCCAUACAACCAUCGUCAUGUAUAUUCUUGCCUCAACUCCAACCCAUCUAUACAUAUUAUCUCCUAUGAAAUAUAUCUCCCCACUAUUACUUUAUCAUCGUGCUAUUCUAUCUCAUUUCGGUUUAAUAAACGGUCGUGUCCCUCUUGUUGCUAAGAAGUAUGGCAUAGAAUAUGAUCAGUCAUCUUCCAAAAACCCAUCCUGAGGGAUGCUCCGCAAGCGAACUUGUUGGAAUGCAUCAAUUUUUUAUCUCGGGCACACUGGAGCAUCGCGGCAAUAGCACGCACAGAGUCCCCUCAAUCGAUCGCACUGGACCAAGCGGUUCCCCAGAGAGAACUUUGCCUAGCCACGGAGUCACUAUGAGGGUCCAUCUCUACGCACAACAGUAAUGGUUUCCAUCUGCUCUUUGUAAAGAAGAAGAAAACAAAAGCAAAUAGCAAAAAAAUAUUUUUUGUCUUUUAUCCCCAAACCCCUGAGCUGGGUCCCAAUUAAUCAAAUCAUCAUCAGACAAAGACGUUUUUGGUAAACAUUUCAGCAUUGCUUGUCAAUAAUGGAAACGAGAAUAAAGAUUAUACUAAGGCAAUAAAAGGACUGUAAUGAGUGGUUGACUAUCAAAGGGUGAUUAUGAAAAGAUUCCAUUCCUGCGUUAAAAAUAUUACAUGUUAGAAUCUUGAGUGGUUUGGGUUCAUAUGUUGGUGCACACAAUACUUACUUGGACUUUGUAACAAACGUCUUAUUCAACAAAUGCAACGUCCUG